CACUUUAACUGUCAACAAUCGACAGUAGCCCAUUACAUUAAAAAAUAAAUAAACAUUGUUUAAUAAAAAUAUUACUUCUAGACUCUAGUCAAUAGUAUAAAAAAUAACUUUGAUCAAAUAUCAUCCAAGUUUUUAUAACUCUAUUACAAAACCGUACCAUGCUGAAUGAAAUUUAUUUAUAAAUUAGAAUAAUAUUACUAAGUCAAUUAUUGCAAUGUACACAGAAGUAGAUGUUUUUGUUUCUAAUUACACACUCAUAGACCCAGAGAUUUACCAAUUGUGGAUUGAAGGCUGUUCCUCAAGCGAAGCAGUGUCAACUUUACACCAAAGAGCAGUAACCAAGCAAACUGGGGCCACUGUAGAGUUGAUAGCAAGCGAUGUCCUUGAUCAUUAUAGGACAUUUGCCCUGUUAGAGCGUCUGCUGACCGUUCCGGCAAAGCUUUCAGAACAGAUGAUCUUCCAGCUGGACGAGCCCACCAAACAGAUGCUUAUAGAGAAGUACUACGAGCUGGACGAUGCAGUGAUCCGAGAGCUGGUCGGGCGCAAGCUGUCCUCUCGCCACCGCAAGGACCUGGACGAGGUGUCCGAGCGCUCGGGGGCGCCGCUGCGCUGCUGCCGGCGCCAGUUCGACAACGUCAGGCGCGUGUUCAAAGCCGUGGAAGAGAUGCCGGGCUCCGUGGUGGCUAACGUGCGAGCCACCUUCCUGCUGUCCGAGCGCCUCGCCGCCAAGUACGGCGCCGUGGUCUUCCUGGCCUGCAUGCGCUUCGAUACGGCCAAGCGCAAGCUGCAGUACCUGUCGUUCGCGGAGCUGGCCGGCUGCGCGCGAGCGGUCCAGGCGGGCUGGACUUACGGCUGCUCGGGCCCGGAGUACUACGACACCGAGAUGGACCGCGAGUUCUUGCUCGAGCUGAGGGAGCUGCGAGUGCUGCUCGACAAGGAGAAGGAGCAUAAGCAUCUGGUGUGCAUGCGUCUGAAGCCCAAGCUCCUGGAGAAGUCUUAUCAAGAGUUGGAGCUUAACUUCAGGGUGUACACGCGCGCCCUGGUGGGAGUGGCCUGUAACCUGCAUCGGGCGCGAGAACUGCGCUCCCUGUUCAUCGACCUGUUGGAGAGAUGCAUCGAGCCUCUGCGCGCGGGCGGAUGGCCGAAGUCCGACCUCUCUCAGUUCCUCGCCGCCUACGAGCAGUGCGCCUUUCAGAUGGACGUAUUGCGGGAGGCAGAUCUGAAGUCAGUGUGGGAGCGGUACAUGCGCGUCAUCAGCCAAUGUCUGCUGACCAUGUACCACUCGUAGCGGCGCAGGCGCAACGCGGAAUUCAAGUAUAUAUUUCUAUGUAUUAAACAUUUAACACAUUGAAUUAAAAUGAAUUUUUUGAAUGAACUUGUGAUUGUUUGGUUAAAUAAAACAAAAUCUUAUUGUGA